AUGAUCCCCCAGCUUCUGGAUGUACUCAUUAUUGGCGGCGGCCCUGCUGGGCUCGCAGUAGCUACGGGCCUCGCACGACAGUUAUACACUGCGAUUGUAUUCGAUAAUGCCAUCUAUCGCAAUGAGCGGGCUACCCAUAUGCAUAAUUACCUCGGCUGGGAUCAUACGCCCCCCAGCGUCUUCCGUGCUAAAGCCAGGGAGGAUAUACUGGCAAGAUACCAGACUAUCCAAUUUGAGAAGACAGAUAUUGUGAGAGCCAGAAGAAAUGAAAAGGGGCAUUUUGAACUAGAGGAUGCUCAGGGAUGUUCUUGGACUGGAGGAAAGCUUGUCAUAGCUACUGGUUCUAAGGACUCAUAUCCUGACAUCCCGGGAUAUCAAGACUGUUGGGCAUACGGCAUAUACGCAUGCCUGUUUUGUGAAGGCUAUGAAGACCGCAAUGUCCAAUCCCCUGGGGUCUUGGCUAUGAAUCACACCGCAAAUCUUUCCGUAGCCCUGCACAUGUCACGGAUGGCUCAUCGCUUAAGUGCUCAUGUCACAAUUUAUACCAAUGGAUCUGAGGACCUAGCCAUCACCUUAAGAUCACUCUUAGAGACCGAUAAGGAUGCCAAGGAAGGGCGUGUUCAUGUCGAUAGCCGGCAGAUUGUGCAGCUGAAUCGAGGGAAAGAGCGGAGCUCAGAGGUUAUCAUUACUUUUGCAGAUGGCGAGAUAGCCAGUGAGGGCUUCAUAGUACACCAACCGAUGAACCAGAUUAAUGGGCCUUUUGCUCAGCAGCUGGGAUUAGAGCUUACUCCUUCAGGGGAUAUAAAAACAUCCCAGCCCUUUGGAGAGGCGAGCAUGCCAGGAGUGUUUGCAGUAGGAGAUUGCGCCACGCAAAUGAAGGCAGUUUCUCAAGCUGCAGCUAUGGGUGCUCUGGCGGCUGGUGGCCUAUCUUUCCAGUUGGGAGCCGAAUUGGCCACAAUUGGAAAUUAA